AGGUUUUUUUUCACAUUUUCUAGAUCAAAAUAGGGAGAUGAGGUACAAUUGCUAAGUCAUUAUUGAUCAUUAUUUAUGUUCUAGAAAAUGAACCAUAACAUGUUUUUAUAUAUACUAAAUUACUUGCUGACCAUAGUAUCAUAAGUCUAUCAUAGCUGACAAAGACUUUAUGAUUUUUUGAAAAUUUCAUUUAUCCUAGAGAACUUCUUAAUUUAGAUCUGGAAAAAAACAAUAAAAAUUGCAGUUUGCAGGAUUGAAACAUUUUAGAGCCAAAAAGAAAAUUGUGUGUACUGGUAUGUCAGCCCGUAGUGUCAGGAAAUCUGUAGUCAGUGUGGAGCAGGAUGAAGGAGUCGGUGCUAGAGUUAGGAGGAGUAUUGGAAGAAGGGAGAUACCAAACUUAGAUCCAUUCUUGAUGUUAGAUGAGUUCAAAGGUGAUGGGAAAGGAGGGUUCCCUGAUCAUCCACACAGAGGAUUUGAAACUGUGAGCUACAUAAUAAAGGGGGGUGUACAACAUGAAGAUUUCUGUGGAAACAAAGGUACACUAGAUGAUGGUGAUGUUCAGUGGAUGACAGCAGGUAGAGGAAUUGUCCACAGUGAAAUACCAAAGAAAGGUAUAACAGAACAACAUGGUCUACAGUUGUGGGUCAAUCUAGCUCAUAAGGAUAAAAUGAUACCUCCUACAUACCAAGACUUGAAAGACAAGGACAUUCCAAGGACAAAACAAAAUGGUGUUCUUGUCAAGGUCAUAGCUGGUGAAUCCUUGGGAAUUAAGUCAAGUGUAUUUACCAGAACUCCUACAAUGUAUUUAGACUUCAAGUUGGAUAAAGGAGCUGUGUUAAACCAACUAAUCCCUACAGAGUGGAAUGCUUUUAUUUACACAUUGUCAGGAAAAGUGUGUAUAGGUAAAGACAAUAGCCCUGAAGAGUUUGAACCUCAUCAUACAGUGGUGUUAGAACAGAAUGGGGAUCAUGUUAGAGUGGAAAAUAAGAAUUCAGAAGUUGCUCAGUUUUUGUUGAUUGCAGGACAGCCUUUAAAGGAACCAAUAAAAAAACAUGGACCAUUUGUUAUGACAACAGAUGAGGAGAUAGAACAAGCUAUAGCAGACUAUAGAAAUGGAAGAAAUGGAUUUGAAAAAGCACUGACUUGGCAAUCAAAGUAUAUGAAAAAACAGAAAAAGAAAAUGUAAUUUGCAUGACAAGUUUUUGUUGUUAUUGGUGUUAUUUACAUCGUUUGUAUGCAUUUUCCUAGUAAGUGAUUUGAAGACAUGUAAAAUUGUAAGUAAGUUUUUUAGCUCACCUGGCCCAAAGGGCCAAGUGAGCUUUUCUCAUCACUUGGCGUCCUGCGUCCGUCGUCCGUCGUCGUCCUGUGUCCGGCGUUAACUUUUACAAAAAUCUUCUCCUCUGAAACCACUGGGCCAAAUUUAACCAAACUAGGCCACAAUCAUCAUUGGGGUAUCUAGUUCAAAAAUUGUGUCCGGUGACCCCGCCAACCAACCAAGAUGGCCGCCAUGGCUAAAAAUAGAACAUAGGGGUAAAAUGCAGUUUUUGGCUUAUAACUCAAAAACCAACGCAUUUAGAGCAAUCUGACAUGGGAUAAAAUUGUUUAUCAGGUUAAGAUCUAUCUGCCCUGAAAUUUUAAGAUGAAUCUGACAUUUUGUUGUUAGGUUGCUGCCCCUGAAUUGGUAAUUUUAAGGAAAUUUUGUUGUUUUUGGUAAUUAUCUUGAAUAUUAUUUUAGAUAGAGAUAAACUGUAAACAGCAAUAAUGUUCAGCAAAGUAAGAUCUACAAAUAAGUCAACAUGACCAAAAUGGUCAUUUGACCACUUUAGGAGUUAUUGCCCUUCAUAGACAAUUUUUAACCAUUUUUCGUAAAUGUUGGUAAUCUUUUAGAAAAAUCUUCUCCUCUGAAACUACUGGGCCAAAUUAAUUGAAACUUGGCCACAAUCAUCAUUGGGGUUUCUAGUUUGAAAAUUGUGUCCGAUGACCCGGCCAACCAACCAAGAUGGCCACCACGUCUAAAAAUAGAACAUAAGGGUAAAAUGCAGUUUUUGGCUUAUAACUCAAAAACCAAAGCAUUAAGAGUAAAUCUGACAUGAUGUAAAGUUGUUGAUCAGGUCAAGAUCUAUCUGCCCUGGAAUUUUCAGAUGAAUUGGAUUAUAGGUUGUUGCCCAUGAAUUGGUAAUUUUGAGGAAAUUUUGCUGUUUUUUUUGUUAUUAUCUUGAAUAUUAUUAUAGAUAUUGAUAAACUGUAAACAGCAAUAAUGUACAGCAAAGUAAGAACUAAAAAUAAGUCAACAUGACCAAAAUAGUCAAUUGACCCCCUAAGGAGUUAUUGCCCUUCAUAGUAAAUUUUUAAUAAUUUUCACAAAAUUUGUAGAUUUUCACUAAUAUUUUCCACCGAAACUACUGUUAUAGAUAGAGAUAAUUGUAAGCAGCAAAAAUGUUUAGUAAAGUAAGAUCUACAAACACAUCACCAUCACCAAAACACAAUUUUGUCAUGAAUCCAUCUGUGUACAAUGUUUAAUAUUAACAUAGACCAAGGUGAGCGACACAGGCUCUUUAGAGCCUCUAGUUUAUUUAUUGUGCUGAUAUUUUGAAAUUUACCAUAAAAAAAUCGGAAAUGCACCACUUAAUUAAUUUGAAUCUAAACCAUCAAUGUUCAUGAAAUAUUCAUCAAAGUGAAAUAUUGCAACUGGAAAUAAUAAAAAUUAAAUUUGGGGAAAAGAAAAAUUUCCUUAUUUUCUUUGUUUGGGAUCAUGAACAUCAACCCCCUCCCCCUCCCAAAAUUUAAAACGACUGGUUCACAAUUUAUAUAGAUUUUGUUCUUUUUCUGAUAGUUUUGACAAUUCCUAUUGUAGAGAACAUGUAAGAAUCAAUCACAGUUAUUUGACCUAUAAAUGUUAAUUUCUUUUCUGACACAUUCACUUAUUUUUUUCUGAUUAUUUUGAACUCUUUUCCCAUAUUUAACCUUGACAUCAUUCAUAUUCAAUUGGAAAUGCAUCACCUGACAAUUUUCCAAAAAAUUUUGAUUGAAAAGUCAGGGAAUUAUGAUAUGUAUUCAUCAAGAUCACAGAAAUCAUAGCAUAUAUAUCAUAUCAGUACAUUGUAUAAGCAUAAUAUAUUCUUACACAUUGAAAUUAAACAAAAGAUUCAGUCACAUUUUGUUUUGUUUGGUUUAUAUAGAUUUCUCUUGUCUAUAAACAUCUACAUUUAUGUUAAAUUUGUAAAAUGUUGAGUGCCUCAGCUAUGUGUAAUACUGUUACAUGACAAGUUGUUCAUUGUUGAAUAAAAAUGGUACCAUA